CCUCAAUCAAUCCAUCCAUCCCCGCUCUCUGCCUCCCUCCACACCCCCAUAAAUCCCUCACUGCAUCCAUCCCUCCCCACAUCCCUUCCUCCUUGCCAUCCCUUCCAACCCCCUUACCUCCACCCCAGCCUUCCGCAACACCCCCCCCUCCACCACCACCACUCACGCCGCCAGGAAAUGGAAACCACUCCACCACCACCACCACCGCCCCUGUCCGUGCCAGCGAGCGGAGGCGCGGAGCGAGAGUCACGCAGCAGCGUCUCUCCCCAGGGACCCCCCGCAGCCUCGGCGGGGGGCGGAGAAGCGACCGCGGGAGGAGCGGGAGGAGGAGGAGGAGGAUCGGUAGCCAGGGAGACGGCACCACUGCGCUCCCACGCUCACUCCAUAAGUAGGGGGGGCGCCAGACCCGACGCGUUCAGCCCCGCGGAGCUCGGAUCACCGCUCGCGGAGCAGCAGCCGCCGGCCGAGAAUCAUCAUCACCAUCACCACCACCAUCAUCACCAUCAUCACAAUCAUCGCGGACAUCAGCAUCAUCAGCAGCAGCAGCAUCAGCAGCAGCAGCAGCGAGCGAUGCCGAUGCCGACUGUGGCGUCGAGUUUGUCACCGCUGGUGCCCGCUACCCACGCGACCAUGCUCUACCCCGGCGUGCCAGCUCCUUACUCUGAGCACGCCCUUGGGCUGGACAGCGGAUUCGGUCCUGCCCAGCCAACCUUCACAGUGCUGCAGCCAAACGGACUGAAGAGGAGACCCGCUCCCUAUGACCUGGAGUACAACGAGGGUCCCAUCGUGAAAACCCCGCGGCGAAUCUUCACCAACAGCCGCGAGCGAUGGCGUCAGCAGAACGUGAACGGCGCGUUCGCCGACCUGCGCAAGCUCAUCCCGACUCACCCGCCCGACAAGAAGCUGAGCAAGAACGAGAUCCUGAGACUCGCCAUGCGCUACAUCACAUUCCUCGACCGCCUCCUGCGCGACCAGACCGCGGGCCAAACCGGGCCCUCCAUCGCGCACGGGUCCGGGAACGGCCUGAUGACGAUGGGUGGCGGCGGAGGGAUCAACCAGAUCACCUCCACCACCUCCUCCUCGCCACCGCCGCCGCCGCUGCAGCCGGGAUCGAACCGGGACGUGCGCGGCUCGAUGGUGGAUGACGCGGCGGCUGCGGCUGCGGGGAGGGACGACGAAGCGUCGGAGGACGUGGCGUCGCCCUGGUCGAGCUGCGGCAGCUGCUGCGACGGUGGGACGGGGUCGCCGGGGAGUUUGUGCGACGAGAGGAGUCAGCAUCAACACCAGCGGUGACCUUCUCC